AUGGAAAAGGCGGUGGCAUCGAAAUGUUUUAGUCGAACAAUACAGGAGGGCUCCACCGAGUGGGCGCUGAGAAACUAUUCCCGCCGCAGAAGUUCCGGCUUCAGAAAACCAAUCGAGAGCAACGAUUUCACCAUCGGCCGCUGCCGCUGGACACUCCAUCUGUAUCCCGGCGGGCACUCGCUUAAAGCUCACAGGUCAGGGUACUCGUCCCUGUUCCUGAAAUAUAAUAGCGGCGGUUCUGUUUGGUUCCUGUACGAGCUGUACCUCUUGGACCAGUCAGGUAAAGGCAAUCACUUGGGUUUCUCUUUCUUCGGAGGCGCCUCCUCUGGAGGAAUUAACAUUCCCGCACAAGGCUAUACGGUCGGGAAAUAUUUUUUCGUCAGGCGAGCCGUUCUGGAGUCUCCCGAUUAUCUGAAAGACGACUGCGUGAGGAUUCGUUGCAGGAUUGCCGUCUUUACUGGUCGGGCUCUAGAUCUGCCUCUUAUCAGGGAUGAUGGGGCCCAGCCGUGGGAAAGGAAUCGACGCGCUAAUGUGUUGUUUCAAGUCGGGAAUGAGCAGGUUUAUGGGCAUAGGUGGGUAUUAGCUGCCUCCUCCUCCGUGCUAGGAUGGGAUCUAUCCCAUCCUGAACGUUAUUCCAACGGGUUGUUCGUUAUUCAUGACGUGGAGCCCAGAAUAUUCAAGGCAAUGCUCCAGUUUAUAUACACAGGAAUACUUGAGGAAGAUGAUCAAGAAUUUGUCACUUAUGCUGGUUCGUUCGUGCUGGAUUCAUUUAUAGGGAAAGUACUUGCAGCUGCGUAUCAAUUCAGAGUGGAAAAACUUAAGAAGUUAUGCGAAUCACGCAUUCUGAGUAAACUUUCAGUGGAAUCAGUUGCAUACUUGUUGCAUCUAGCAGACCAUUAUCACGCUACAGAACUGAAAGCUGCUUGUCUUAAAUUUGCAGCUGAAAAUCGAGAUGCUGUAUUGGAAACCAAAGGAUGUGAAUACCUUAGGCAAUCUUGCCCAUUAUUGUAUAUACACUUGAAUCCCUCUGCCAGCGUAGGAUGGGAACUUAGAGUGACCAGCAAAAUCUUGUCUGCUAUAGAGCCUUUUGUUGGCCUGAUGACAUGGUGGAUGGAAGUAGCUGUGUGA